UCAUAAUUAAAAAAUCAGCCCUCUUUUCUUCUUAUGCUUUCUCAGUGUUGCCGGCUGCAACAAUCUCGUUCCAACUUCUCCAUUUCCAUACAGAGAGAGAGAGAGAGAGAGAGGUCUUCAUGGGUGUUGUUGAGUUUUACAAUUCUGCUGCUACUUGCUUGGUUAAGUCCAAUUCCAUUGAUCAUAAGCAAGUGGGGUUGGGGCAAAGAUUCAAUUUUUCUUUUGAGGGGAAGAAGAUUCAAAGGAGGAGGGACUCUGUGGCUAUGGCUUCCACUAUUCCUACAACAGAACCGGUUCUUCAGGUGACCGGUGACUCCUUCAUCAGAGAGCAUUUGAGAAAGUUGUCCCCUUAUCAACCUAUUUUGCCUUUUGAGGUUUUAUCUUCUCGUCUUGGACGCAAGCCUGAAGAUAUUGUUAAGUUAGAUGCUAAUGAAAACCCUUAUGGUCCCCCUCCCGAGGUCAUGGAAGCCCUAGGAUCAAUAAAAUUCCCAUAUGUCUAUCCUGACCCAGAGAGCCGAAGAUUGCGUGCAGCUCUUGCCCAAGAUUCAGGCCUUGAAUCUGAAUAUAUUCUGGCAGGAUGUGGCGCAGACGAGCUUAUCGAUUUGAUAAUGCGUUGUGUGCUUGAUCCUGGUGACAAGAUUGUGGACUGCCCGCCAACCUUCACAAUGUAUGAGUUUGAUGCUGGAGUUAAUGGAGCACUUGUCAUUAAAGUUCCAAGGAAGUCAGACUUUAGCUUGAAUGUGGAACACAUAACAGAGGUUGUUAAACAAGAGAAGCCAAAAUGCAUCUUUUUAACAUCACCAAAUAAUCCAGAUGGAAGUAUAAUUGAUGAUGAAGUACUUCUAAAGAUACUCGAGCUUCCAGUAUUGGUGGUGCUGGAUGAAGCAUACAUUGAGUUCUCAGGAAUCCAAUCGAGGAUGACUUGGGUCAAGAAAUAUGAGAAUUUGAUUGUUCUUCGGACAUUUAGCAAAAGGGCUGGUUUAGCCGGACUUCGUGUGGGAUAUGGAGCUUUUCCUUUGAGCAUCAUUGAGUAUCUUUGGAGAGCAAAGCAACCAUAUAAUGUCUCCGUUGCCGCUGAAAUUUCUGCGUGUGCUGCAUUGCAAAAUCCUACUUAUCUAGAGAAUGUAAAAGAUGCUCUGCUGAAAGAACGAGCGAGGCUGUAUGAUCUCUUGAAUGAAGUUCCGUUCCUUCGACCGUUUCCAAGCCAUUCUAAUUUCAUUCUCUGUGAGGUCACCUCUGGAGUGGAUGCAAAGAAGCUGAAGGAGGAUCUUGCACAAAUGGGAGUGAUGAUUCGUCACUACGACAAGAAAGAGCUAAAGGGCUACGUUCGUGUAUCUGUUGGUAAGCCUGAACACACAGACGCACUAAUCAACUGCCUUAAGAAAAUGCCCUAGUUACCACCAUUUCUAACUCUUAAUUUAGUAAUGUAAUUCAUCACAUUUUACAUGAGAUUUUGUAUUCCGUAUUAAAUUGAAAUUGUAUAUUAUUGGGGGAUAUU